GACCAAGUCAUGAAGUGACCCAAAUCAUCACCCAGAACCUCUCUUCUUUUCAUUGUACAUAGACUUCACUUACUUUCACUCAGUAUUCCUCUUUUGUUCCUUGUCGUGUGAUUGCUAGGCGGUCACACCAAUCUCUUCACCUGCACUUUCUCGCCGCUUCAAGGCGCAAAGCACUUGCCGUCGUUUACUACUAUUGAGCGCUGCCUCAGCAGGCACGAUUGAACAUUAUUUACCCAACGACAAUCGGACAACAUCACCAUCUCUUCCUCCUUUACAGACAUCCUCUUCAUCGCUGUUCGUCAGUCGGGAAGGGUUUCCUACAGGAUCAUGCAGCCAGUGCUCAUCAGCCUCUCCAGUCAUGGCGGAACCUGUGGCAUUCCUUGAGCCCCUUAAGACUCUCCAUGAGACGCGUUCAGAGGAAGUGUUUGUACGAGCGUUCGUGAUUGAAAUUCCGGCCAAAUUGACCAGCAAGGCACUGAGCAUCGUCAAGCCCAUCAUCCCAAACGGCGGCAAGCACCCAUCUUUCAGUCACUUCCGACGAGUCUGCACUUUGUCUCACCUACCGGAAGAUCUGACCUGGCGUCGCGACUACGACUCAAGAGGACUUCAGACCAGCUUUGUCCUUGUUCCAAACACAGUCGUACCAUGGGAAGAGAUUCGGGAUACCUUCCUGCCUCACAUCGAUGUCGAAGGUCUCCCACGCUGCUUCGAUGCUGUGGUGCCUCGAUUUGGUCCACUCAAUGCUGAACAAGCCGCACUGUGGACGGAACGAUACUGGCCAACAAUCUACAACCCUGCUGCACAGGUCAUUCAGGAUGCUCCACCAUUGCAUCAUCUUAAGCGUGUCAGAUCUCAACUUGAGGUCCCGGCCGCAGACAAGUACAUGGGCCUGGCCAGGAUGGCAGCCAUGGAAGCUAGAGAGAUGGGCCAUGGACGUGCGGUCGGUGCUGUGAUCGUUGAUCCCGAGACUGGCGCAGUACUUGCAGUGGCUGGAGAUGCCCGUUGGUAUUCUGACAACCCGACAGUCCAAAGAGCUCGCAAGGCCAAUCGCGCCGAAGGCAGACCCGAAUAUCACGCUGUCAUGCGCGCAAUAGCGAUGGUGGCCAACAAAGAACUCCGCAGGCGAAUCGCUGCUGGCGGCCACAAAAAGUUCCUUACGACAUACUGUGAGACGCCGUCUGGUCAAGCUCUCACAGGUAUUGAAGCCCGCUAUGAGGAUGACGCCAAAGCCCUUCAGGACCUCACCACUCAGGUGGGCAACAUUGCCAUUUCUGAGCCCCAUGAUGCCUUGCCAGAGAAGCAGUCAGGUCCCCAAAAAGAAGGCUACCUCUGCAGUGGACUGGACAUCUACGUGACCCAUGAGCCUUGCGUCUGCUGUGGCAUGGGUAUGAUUCACUCUAGAUUCCGAUCGUGCGUCCUUGGUCGAGAGAUGCCUGGCAGUGGUGGUCUAUCUGCGGAGAAAGGUAGUAACCGACUCGGCUACGGUCUCUUCUGGCGUCGAGAGCUGAAUUGGCGAGUCAUGACCUUUCAACACACUGGUGCGGCUGCGUUGGAUGGUGAAGGUCGAAUUGAAACGGGAAUAUUCCAUGCUUAGGAAGUCGAUUAUUCGGAAUAUCGGACGACAGUAUUAUCAGGCGAACUCGGCUAUUCUGGUCCAGUCGCCACCGUCCACUCUACGGAAUUCAACACCCUCACCAAAAUAUCCAGCAUCAUUCCAUUGCUUCAUGGUAUCAGCAGCAUACGGUCCGUUGACGGCGCCGCCGUCUCUUGUAUCAGUCCAGCGGUAUUCCCACAUUGGUUCCAUAGAGCUAGAGGUGGCACCAUCAGCCUCAUCAUCAUUUGGCUGACGAGCAUCAAUCCAUUCAUCACC